UCAAAAAGAUUUCAGCUCCGAGAGCUGAAAUCUCAUCCGAAAUCUUUUUGACAGCAACCCGAAAACUCAAAAUGACAGCAUUGUAGGUGUCAACAGGAAAAGGAAGAGCAUUAUCACAACAAAACAAAAUAAAACAAAACAAGCACAAAGCCGGCAUUGUAAAAGUACGAACCAAACAAAACAUUUAACAAAAUGAAUGUAAAUCAGAGCGGAUCAGGACCGGGAACGGCUUCAGGACAGCGAUCGAAAUCGGUACAGCAAUCGGGACCUGGACCAGCAACGAUAUCAGUAAUGGAACCGAUAUCACGACGGGUACCGGUAUCAGUACUGGCACCGGUAUCAGGACGGGCACUGGCAUCAGGACAGGCACCGGUAUCAGGACGGGCUUCGGGAUCAGGCCUGGCAUCGGGAUCAGGACUGGCUUCGGGAGCAGGCCUGGCAUCGGGAUCAGGACUGGCUUCGGGAGCAAGACUGGCUUCGGGAUCAGGACGGGAACCGCGUAAAUAUAUGCGAGAGGACGUGGAGCUCUGCUUGCGGAUGGCUAAUGCGGUAGAAAAACAAAACAUCAUCUACAAUAAAAAAUCUCCGCAUUAUAAAAACCGAGACCGUCAAAAUGAUGCAUGGAUGUGUGUCGCAGAAGAGGUCGGGUUGACCAUGGCAGAGGCCAAAAAAAUGUGGCACAACAUGGUGGCCAAAUAUCGGUCAUACCGAUCCAAAGUGCGCCAGAGUAUGCAGACCGGGUCAGCCUACGCCGAAGUUUAUCGCCCGCGAUGGCCAGCCUGGGAGGCUUUGUCGUUUAUGAACGAUGCGUCGGAGGACGCUGAACAUGCAGACACGCUUGACGAGGAAGAUGAGGGCCUCGCUCUGAACUCCCUCGUCACAACGGGUUCGGCCGUUGCACGAUCCCGAAUCCUUGCCGAUCACUCAUACAUUGAGUAUGAUCCACCUUGUUCCCUUAGUCCCGACCCUCCAAAACUUUUUCCACCCAAUCCUUCAGUCCAAGCGAACCUCUUCAGUCCCAGCCAACCUCCAACCUCCAUCAACCAAUCCGUCAUCCUACACCCUCCCGAAAUUCUCCCCUCCCCUUCUCAGGUAUCCUUUCCUCAUCAAGUCUCCCGUCCUUCCCAAGCCUCUCCCAUCCAAAACCUGUCCCAUCCUCGGCAAGGACGGCGUCGUCGACGAACCCCUAGCGACGAGGGGCUUCGUAUGAGCGAGGCCCUCACACGCGUGGCGGAAGCCACGAUGGCCAAUGCAAACUCCUCGGAGAAUGUGUUUGGCCGCUGGGUCGCUGAAUUCCUGACGAGGUUCACGCCAGAGGAACAGCGUGUUGUGACCUCAAGGAUUCAGCGAACCAUGCUAGAUGCCGAGGAGUUUGUGUUGGCCAACCGGGCCAACCGUCGCGAUGGGGAUCAGCCAUGAGUUAUGUAAAUAGUUGUAUAUAAUUAGUUAAU